AUGACAGCGUAUAUCCCGUAUCUGCCCGCAGAAAUCCAUCGCAUUAUCGCGGAAUACGUCCAUCGCGAAGAUCUGCCAAACUACCGGCUCGUAAACAGACAACUGUGCGACAUGGCCACCGAGGAAUUAUUCAGCACAAUCGUUUUCCACUACAGUACUGCGAGCUUUGAUCGUUUGAAAAGGCUUGGUUGGAAUCCACGUCUUCGAGGACAAGUGAAGACCAUCUUUUGGGACGUCAAUCUGUGGAGCUUGAGUCGUAUACGCGACUUUCACGGAUGGGAGCGUUACUUCACACAUGGAGAACAGCUUGACCGGAUGCGCAACGCCGACUUCGACCCAUCAGGAUACACUCAGCUAUCGCAGAACCGACGAGAAUGGGAAGCGUACCUUGAUAGAAUUGCGGAUGAGAGAAAGGCAAGAAUAGAUCGGGAAAGCCUGCAAGUAUUGGAGCGCUUCUAUAAUCUACAUUCAAUCCACGUUGUCAACGGCGACCUCUUUUUGGCCCACCGUGGUCUCCAAAAGGUUGCGGACGACUUUCCGAGCGCUUCACCCGAACCAGUCGUAUUCCGUAGAGGAUUAGAAACCUACAGCCUUCGCAACGUGCCUGGACUCGACACUAUCAUGUUUCCACAGCAAUACUGCAGGUCCUCUCUGAAAGAGCUCACGCUGAAUACAGUGCACCUCAGGUGUCUUUGGCACGCAGAAUCGGUGAAUUUCGAUAACUUAUCGAGUUUGGAUAUCACGAUCUUCCCGCGGACAUUCUGCGGCUACUACAAUAACCCACAUUUGGUGCCGUUAAUGAUCGGCGGUCUCAGGGGGUUUCUGGCGCGUCAUACACAGCUUGGUCAUCUUCGAAUCGACCUCAAUCUCGAGGAAGCAGGACCAGAUUCCCAUGUUGUUAUUCUAUCCAUCGAUCAGGUAUUUGACUCUAAGCAUACGUGGUCAAAGCUAAGGAAAUAG